CAAUUCUGUAUUGAUAAACUAUUACAGUCUCAUCAAGCUUCAACGGUUUUAUCAUACCGAGGCCACGCACCUGUUCGUCUGACGCUUCGGUGACGUAGCAGUUUUGGGGUGGAAUAUUUAUCCAAUUACAUGUAGCGAUUACUAUUGGAAGACCAUUUUUUAAUUCCUCUAGCAAGUAAGCGCACCAGUGCGGACCAGCACUCCUGAUUGGGGGCGGACAUCGUAUACUAAAACUACAGCUAGUUAAAACGCUCUCAGAGUUAAAGAUAAAAUAUCAAUGCUCACGAACAUUAUUUUUUCAUUGCACAAGGAAAACUUUAGUGCCUAUCUGAUUGGUUAGUGCUUUUAUAAUUGUAGUGGACUGUAUUCUGAUAACUGUAGAGACUUUUAGACAGGAAAUGCGAAAUUCAUCAAGCUUUGUCUUAGUUGGUGCUACCUUAUGUGUUUAUUUCUCAGUCCAGCUUUCCUCUGUUACAGCAGCGAAAUGCAAAGGACCCUGGGCAAAUCACAUGUGCUUUGGAGGAAAUGGAAAGAGAUCAUGGUCCCCCUCGCGACAGGAGGUUGAUAAAAGAGCUGAUGAUAUGGGACGAACUCUGCUUAGAAGUGUUCUCUUAAAAAGAUUGAAUUCUUACCCAACAGAAGAAAAAUAUUAUAACGAUUUAGAUAGCUUUUAUCCAUUGGACUCCGAUAUAUCAGAUAAAGACGAUUCUAGCAUUAAAGAACAAGAAAUCAGAGAAUUUUUACAGGAGCAGCUGUUAAAACGAGAAAUGGCAGCGUUGACAGACGAAGAGGAAUAUCUCCGAUAAAAAAGACAAUACUUCCCGGACUUUAUGUUCAACUAGAUCAAGUUGUUAUAAUUAAUAAAGUUUGACUUAAUUAUUUAUGCACUCAUCUGAUUGUCUUACCUUUUCUCUGUUUUAAAAGGAAACCCACUCAUAGACUCAUACAUAUCAUCAGUGGUCAAAUAAGUUCUGAAAAAAUCCAAAGAAAGAUAUAUAUUUAAUGAACCUGUGUUUGUUAUUCUUAUUUAGUAUGACUAUUAAAGAAUGAAUUUUUC